ACUACACUCGCUUGAACGGAUUGGUAAAUACCAACCCAAAAUGGUAAAUACCAUUUGCAUUUGGUUAUCCGCUUGAAUUUGAUUAAUCUUACAAUCACAAAUCUGUGAUAAUUUUUUAAAGUCUAAGAUGGUAGGUAUAUUUUAACAAACAUUACCGUGUUUAGUGGCGUUUAUUUAGUUUUCGCUCACUGUCUAAAAUCAGGACGUGGUGGAAUAUAACUUGAAAGUGGUCAACAUUCAACAACACGAAAUGCUUAUUGUCAUUUACCUAACCUAUAUAUAUAUAAAUAAUUAUAACAAAAAUGAAAACCAUAGAUAUUUUCUGUUACGUGACUAGGUAAAUACCUAUUAACUGUGCUUAGUUAAUAAUAAAUACUAAAGACCUCGAAUUUUCAUGACUACAAAUAACCACAACCAUGCGACCGGUUAUAGCCAGUUGCUGUGCUAAUGAAACUGAUUAUUUGAAAUCAAAAAGUUUGUCUGAAUCUAAUAGUUCAGUAUCAAAAAGUUCAAGAAGUCAUGGGUAUGAACAAUUGGAUUCUUUCAACACAUCACCACGUCAGGAUGAUGUUUCCUCUGAACAUGAAUUGUCAUCACAAGCACCAUCUCUGUCAAAAUUGAGCAAAAUGGCAAUACUCAGAAAAAAGAUAGAAGAAAAGAAAGCUAAUCAGAAGGAAAACACCACACAAUCCAGUUUGCAGAUUAUACAAAGUUCGUCAUCAGGCAAAGGGCAGGUUGUUGCCAGCAAAACCAAACCGCAAUCAUUAAAUAAUCGAAGAUCAAAACCUCAGGCCAUAGUACCGGUUCCCAUGGAGACUCACCAGAGACCAUGUGCUGCUCAAAAUGAAAGUCCCAAUAGCUCCACUGACUCUUCUUCAGAACGCAAGAAUAACAUUGCAAAUACAUUUGGGGACCAGAAUCGAAAAGGUUCGAAAUAUGAUGGUGAAUCAUUGUCUUUAGAAAGCAAGACCACUUCGUCUGUAUCUACUAGAAGUGCCGGUAAUAUGGAAAUCACACCAUUAUGUAAAUGCAAGAGGUGCAAUCGAUGGACUAAAGACCAGGGGUGGGGGGAAGGUGGCAAAUAUGAGAAAUACAAACCAAAGGUUAAAUUAAUUGGAGGGCCAAAACACAAAUUUCUGAAAGAAGAAACGGAUGAUGAGCCUUCAGAAAUACUGUCAGUGGAUUACAACUCAUUGACAAGACUGGAAAAGAAAGCCUUGCCAAAGCUGUUAGUGCAUAGCGAAUGUCUGCCGUCACCAGUCAAAGAGUUGGCCAAUGUCUACCUACACCCCAUGAUACUAUGACUAUGAAGGUAAGCUCACUUCGCGGUCGAAUUUCGUACGCCUUUGCACAUGACGUCACGCGGAGACCUAUGUUUGGCGCGCAGUACGAAAUACAGUGUAUUCAGAUACGAUUUAGAUGUAGAUUUAGACGUUGUGAUUUCAAUAUUUGGGAUGUUUGAUUUAUAUUUUGUAGUGUUUUUAAUGUCACAUGAUUGUUUUAGUAUUGCAUAGUAUGCAUAGAUUUUAUUAUUUAUGUUUUGAUGUACUUGUCAAUAGAAUUUAAUGGAGUUUGUCAGUUGGGCCGCAAGUAGAGAUCGGGCGGGUCGCGCGUUGGAAUAUAUCAUUAUAGAUAAGUUAUGGGUUUUAAAAAU